AUGACUGCGCGGAUGGACCAGCUUAUCCACAAACUGAGUGUUCUCACCGCCCGGUCUGAGGAGACUAUGCAAGUCAACGCUGAGCUGUCUCGAACCCUGCACUGUGUCCAGGCAGAUCUGGUAGCCAACGAAAACAAGAUCCGAGAACUGAGUUCCAAGAUCGACUCUUCUACUGCAUAUUUGGAAAACCUGACGUCUCUUACACUACGAACACAGCUUCUAGAAUCCCAAACUCUGCGCGACGAGGACAACGGUUUGAGCUGGAAAGUUACUGAGACCACCAUCGAGAACCUACAAAGAGAAUACCAGUACCUCAAUGGACAGCUUGAUAAAGACAAUCACUAUGAGAGCGAUGUGGAGAACGAUACCACCGAUCCGAGCGAGUCCAACGAAACAUCGCUAUUUUCUGGACAUGACAAUUCAGACACCACUUUGGUCUCUCCCCGGAUCACCAUGAACGCUACUGAUCUUGAAUCCAAACCGCCCAUGGCGCCAAUAGAGCCGAUCCUGGACGAACCAAAUACAAACUGGACACCAGAACAGCAGUUCUUGCCCGUGCAAGGGUUUGACGCUCCCUUUUUGGACGUCAUUUCUGAGGCCGACGAGAAAGAGCCACAGGAGUGCAAAUCAGCAGAUAGUUUGGAGGACAUUGAUCUCGAGUUUAAUAAUUGUUCAGACCACGAGCAGAUUCUGGAACUGAUCGCGAGCGACGACGAGAGCAUGGCCAGCAGCACAGAUAUUAUUGACUGGUAUCGCAACGAGCCGCAGUGUGCUCCUAUUCAGAUCGGCGCAGGACGACCGGUGGUGGCCGACGAGAUGACAGACAUUGUUAGCGAAAUGUCGUUCCGGCCGCGAUCGACGCUGGACGUUUUACACACUCUGGUACAGAACAGACAGGCGCGAAAGCCAAUAACGCAGAAGAACUGGCUCGCAAAUUUGAUACCUAAUAGCUCGCAGGUAACGAGCGAGACAGGCCGGCUGAUAGGUCAGCCGGCCGCCCACGUGUUCCCGCGUGAGAAUGCUCGAAGCGGGGCUCAUUCUACCAUGAUAAUCAACAGAAAGGGCCGGAUCAUACGACACGGGUCUGGCCCCGGGCUGGGCGACGUUCUCAGCACCAGGGUCAGCCACGGUGCGCUCCGGGACGCUCUGAGAAGCAAUCUGGAGGAUUUUAGUAGACACUAG